AAAUUACCAAAUCUUAUAAGUUUUAUUAAAAAUUUGUUGUGUCAUUAAACCGUUUCUAUGAAAAAUUGGUUAUAUUGCAUUACAUAUAUAUACAUAUAAGUGAUAAAACAUGUGAUUGUUGAAAUAGUUUCAAUGUUUGUGAUUAUUGGCGGGAUUUAAUGAGGUUAGUGAAAAAGAAAUAAAAUUUUCAUCACACAAAUAGUCUUUGUUUAAAAGACUUGAAAAUAUUUCACCAACAUGACGCAUAAUAUUUUAAAAUCUUCCGGACAUGGAUUUUGUAAUGCAAUUUUUUCAAGUUCACCCAUUAAUUUUAAUAAAGAAAAUACUGAUUUUCUUAAUAAAAGAGAAGAAAAAUGUCCCGAAUUCGUCGUUGCAUCUCACAAGGAGAUUCAAAAUGAAAAUGAAAAUAAAUAUUUGAGGCAUGAAAAACAAAUUUUAUUUGAUGAUGAUGUGGCUGGAAAUUCAAAAUUGACAAAUACACCUUCUACUGUAAAUAUGAAUCGCUCAAAGUCUAUGAAUGUGCUUCGAAGAAAACAAGUUCUAUUCUCUGAAGAAGCAGUAUCUGAUGUGAAAUGUAAAACUUCAACAAAAGUAGCAUCUAAUUCUUCAUUAAAUGAUAAAACUCCUAACAUGCAUUUUUGCACUCCCAAACAAUAUAAGACACGUACUGCUACAAGCAAUACAAAAAUAAACAUUUUGCCUCCAAACAGAACACCCGUAAAACGUUAUUUUAAUGAUAAUAUUUCAACUGAAGCUACUCCUGACUGCUUUAGUGUAGUGCAAGUGGAAAUACCAUAUAGUAAAUCAAACGAAUUUGGUGUAGAAGAUCAAACAGUGUAUGAAGAAGAAAACAGUAACUUAACUGUUGGCAUACGCGUUAGACCUUUAAAUGCAAAAGAAUUAAAUGACUCAAAGGUUACAUCGGUUGUACAAGUGAAUGAUCAAAAUGUUAUUGUCACUUGUGAAUCUAUUCAACAUAGUUUCAUGUAUGAUCAUUGUUUUGUAUCAUAUGCAGACUCAACUAAAUCUGGUCAUGCCAGUCAAGAAAUUAUAUUUAGAACUAUGGUUCUACCUUUGGUACAAAAUGCAUUUGAAGGAUAUAAUGUUUGCUUAUUUGCUUAUGGACAAACAGGGUCUGGUAAAAGUUAUAGCAUGAUGGGUCAAGAAUCUUUACAAAUAAGUGCAACCCCAAUAGAUGACGAGAUUGGUAUUAUUCCAAGAUUUUGUCAAGAAAUAUUUGCAAGAAUAUCUACUAAUGUAAAUACUAAAAUUACGGUAGAAAUUAGUUAUUUUGAGAUUUAUAAUGAGAAGAUACAUGAUCUUCUAACUAACAUUAAUAAUGGAGUAAAAAGGGCUCCUCUCAAAGUGAGAGAACACCCUGUCUUUGGUCCAUAUAUUGUUGAUUUAAGUCAGCAUUGUGUGCAAAAUUACAAAGAUUUACAGACUUGGCUUAAAGUGGGAAAUUCACAGAGAGCUACAGCUGCAACUGGGAUGAAUGAAAAAAGUUCAAGAUCUCAUAGUAUAUUUAGUAUUAUAUUGACACAGACACAAGUAAAUAGUCAGUUGAAUAAUGAAUCCAUAGAUGCUAGUCGCCGUAGUAAAAUCAAUUUAGUCGAUUUGGCCGGCAGUGAAAGACUAAGUCAGACUUGUGCAAGUGGAGAUAGAUUAAAGGAGGGUGUAUCCAUUAAUAAAUCGCUACUUACGCUAGGAAAAGUAAUUGCAUCCCUUGCUGAAAAUACAACCAAUCGCAAACGGGGAUUUGUGCCGUAUCGUGAAUCUGUUCUUACGUGGUUACUAAAGGAAAGCCUUGGAGGAAAUUCGAAAACUGCGAUGCUUGGGACCGUGUCGCCAACUAAUUUACACGUCGAAGAAACACUUGCAACUCUUCGUUAUGCUUGUCAAGCUCGAGCCAUCGUCAAUCGAGUCCGAAUUAAUGAGGACCCUCAUGAAAGAUUAAUUCGCGAACUGAAAGCGGAGGUGCUGAGACUGCGCGGCGUUCGCGAGGGAUACGAAAAACAGCUGGGUGUCUUUCCCCGACGCCUCUUCGAAUCGACUGGUCAAAAUGACGACGAAAUCAAACAGAAACAAGACGAGAUUGAUAAGUUGAAGAAUCAAUUGAAGAAAACCGAGGAACAACUCGCUACUUCUCAGAUGGUAUGGCAAACGAAAUUGCGAGACGCCGAGGAAAAGAAAAUUUCUGAAUUAAAAUAUUUGCGUCAGUGUGGUAUUGCUAUAGAGAUUGAUUUUCACGAAAAGGAUAAGCAGCCUUGUCUGAUAAAUCUCGCGGCCGAUCCUAUGUUAUCCGGUACGCUUUUGUAUCUGAUUCCUCCAGGAUUGGUUCGUAUCGGGAAGAAUCAAAGUUCUUCCAAACAUUUGGACAUCAUGUUGGAUGGACCAUUGGUUAGGCCUUUACACUGUACCAUUGAAAAUAGUGAUGGAAAACUUACAUUAUCGGCGGAAGCGCACGGAGAUACCUACGUCAAUGGACAGAUGGUGACUGGUAAAGUUAUCCUAAAGCAUGGUGAUCGAUUAGUAAUCGGCGGAAAUCAUUAUUUCAAAGUCUCAAACCCGUACGAUGAAUGUAGCAAUAUUCAAAUUUCUACGCAAGCAGUCGAUUACGAAUUUGCUCAUGAAGAAAUUCUUAAAAUACAAGAGGAGAAAUUAAGAGCAGAAUUAGACGAAAGCAAACGAAAGGCAAUAAAAGAACUGGAAAAUGCGAAACGAGAAGCUGAGAUGCAAUUGGGAUCUCAGAAAUUACUGUAUGAACGUAAAAUUGAGAUCCUCGGUUCUACGGUUGAAGAACAAAAGAUUGCACUGGAACAAAUUUAUCAAAAGAAAAAAGAAUUGGAAUUGGAGAAAGAAUUGCUCGCGAACGAAGUUAAAACAAAUAAUAGAUUAAAACAAAUGCAAUUGGAGCAAAAAAAAGUUACCAUUGCACCGUACAAGACAACAUUUUUGCAAGAAUUAGAAAACAUUUUAAAUGAAAAGGCAGCAGAUGCUGAGUAUGCUCUGAAAAUGAAAGCGAGUGCAGAAGCUAUAACCGAUGGUGGUAUUAGCUUACAUGAAAUACAGUUAUUGGUAAAAGAAGCUACUGAACGGUGUAGAGAAGUUGGUCUUAAUUACGAAUUUGACCAGCAACAAAUAAUUGAAAAUAAGAGUUUAAAAUCGGUAAUUCGUAUAAGAAAUAGAGACUGCAUGAAAGAAACGUUUUGGGAACCAAUGCGAUUUCUAGAGUGGGUACAUCGUUUACGAGAUUAUGAUAUCGAAGAUUCAAUAAAGGAAUUAUAUACAUCGGAAGAAGUUUGGGAACAGUACGAAAAUACAGAAACUUUCGAAGAUUCCUUAAAUAACAGUCGAAUUUCAAUAAACAUGACACCGGUGAAGAAACAUCUAAAUGAGAGUUUGCAACAAUUUUCAUUGGAAACCUCUGUACUUGAAAAUACAUGCAACGAUCAAAACGUCGAUUCCUCUAAAGAACAAGAAAUUAUAAAUUCUUGUCUUAUACAAAUAGAACUGGCUACAAAAACUUUGCGUAAAUUGUGCGAUAGAAAUAAUGGGGUUCAGUUAAUCACGGAAUCGCUUAAUAAUAUGCAAAGUAUUAUCAGUAAUUUGCGCGAAGCACUAGAAGUGAAAAACUUUGGCGAAGAUACAAUUGAAACUAUAAAUUCUACUCAGAAUUGUAGUGUAAUUGAAAAAUGUGAAAAUGUACUUCCUGAAGCUAGCAAUGCAGAAUCUGUUACACCAACGAAAUCUACUUUAUGUAAUAAUAUCAAAACUGACAAAAUUGCUCAAAAAAGCGUUAGAUUUACAGAUAAAUUAAACAAGGAGCUAACUUAGUAAAAGAAAAUUUAUUUACAGACGAUUAAAUAAAUAAUGUAAAGUUAUUUAGAGGAAUUUUAAAUAUAUGUGAACCAAACAAAUGUUAAAUGAAACAAAGAAAUAUGUUUAACUAUAUCAAUAUUUAAUAGUUACGGCUUUAUUUUUUACUAUUCAUAAUAUGUUAUGUAUUGUUUAUAUAUCUAGAUCUGACUUGUAGAAUGUUUCUAUUUCUUAUAUGAACUUAAGUUUUUAUAAAAUGUGUAAAAUUAUGUUAUUAAUUUUU